AUGUCUGUUGAAGAUCUAAGGCAGGUUGUUCCUGAUCCUCUAGACGAGAUAUAUCCAGAGGAUGAGCCACAGUAUGUGCCUGAACCGCCCAAGAAGACUUGGGUCCAUAAGGCAUCAUCCAUACUACUAAAUGUCCAGAAGUACCUGGCGUACGGCUUCUUGGGCUUCUAUGGGCUCCACACAGCAUCUACCGUGAUAGUUCCGGGCCUAGGCAUCAGCCAGGCAACGUGCCAGGAUAUCUUUGAGAUGUGCAGAAACGUAUACAUGGCUCCUUUGCUAGAACCAGCUAUGGUGAACUUGACUGCUGUGCUUCACAUUGGAGCUGGGCUAGCGCUACGCUUGGUUCGAAUGGUGGCUAGGCGGAAAAAGGCCCAGAAGAGAGAAAGAGACAUUAUUAUAAAAGAGGAGGAUAGAGACGAUAUUGGGCUUGGAGGUAUAGGCACGAUAUUUGGCCUAGGGUUCAAGAAGCUGUGGAUCUCGUCCAACUUCCCCAGUUUCACACCAUUGACGUUUUCAGGUUACGUAUUUACAGCAGCAUUGGCCUACCAUUACGCUAAAAUGAAGCUAGGCCCGGUAGCCAUCGAUGGAGACUCUUCGUUGGUUACCUUAUCAUAUGUCACUCACUACUUCCAGCAAUCACACUUGGGACAAGUAGGCUGUUGGCUUAACUACGGAAUGCUUGCUCUUGUGCUGUGGGUGUCGUUUUAUCACGUUGUAAGUGGACUUUUCAAGUACAGAAGACAGUUCAGCUUGCGAGCUAAGAAGAUCGCAUACGGAGUAAUUGCGUUUUUGACUGGCCUUAGUGUUGUUUCCAUGACCAGAAUGCGUCACUGGGAACUAGAGGUUGGUUUCCUAGGCAAGCAAUUUGCUAAGUACCUUUUUGCUAACUACCUUUUUGUGGUGUGA